AUGUGUUGUGUUGAUGUUUGUUGGGAAAAUUUACGGUGGUGCUUGACAGUGUUUGUUGUCCAGUAUUCUCCCCAGGUGAACCAUAGCGUAGGCGGCAACGUUAUGUCUCUGCUAGUGCGCGGGUGUGUGACAACACUCAUGGAGAUCGGAGCUUUUAGUUCAAGUACAUGAUCAUCUGAUGAACAACACUUGAAGCUGUCACUGUCAGAGCCAUGUGGCUGGCGCUGGUGUGUGCCAGUCUCUGUGCCUGUGUCCAGGGCAGUCUAGCAGCCUCGGCGUUGUCACCCAGGGGCAAGGAAGCCAUCGUGUCUUCCCACAACAACUACAGACGAAAUGUGUCCCCUUCAGCUGCGAAUAUGCAACAAAUGUCAUGGAACGAGGAUCUGGCCGACAUUGCGCAGGCCUGGGCUGACAGGUGCAUCUUCGACCACAAUGCACGGCGGGCGGAAACCUUCCCCGGAUCGGUCGGAGAAAACAUAUACGUCACUUCCGGCGCAUCAUCCGACAGGCCGACAUAUCCUGGAAAUAAUGGAAACACCAGGCCUGAGUUUGGGUUCCCGGGGUCAUCUGACGACCGGCAACCAGUGGAUCCGGACAUCCCUAGUACAAACGGAGGGCCGCGAGGCUUCCCUGGUCCCCCCGGACCGACGGGCCCACCAGGACUGAAGGGGAGCCAGGGGUUCGUGGGGCCGGAGGGUCCGCCCGGACCGGAGGGCCCGCCUGGGCCGUACGGGCGACCCGGUGCACCUGGACCCGCGGGCAGGCCUGGACUGGCAACCUCAGCAGAUGCCUGCGGCCAGUGCGAGUCCGUGAAGGGGCAGAAGGUGUGCCGGAUGUGCCGUGCCAGGGGAGGGACCUCUGGCAGAUCGUGUCGGUACUGCAGGAAGUGCCACCAGUGCCGGGACUGCAAGAAGGGCCUGAAGACUUACAAACAGCGGGCCAUUGAACCCAGGGAAGCGCCCGACUUCUGUCAGAUCUUGUAA